GCAGAUUUGAAUCGUUGGUGUGUUUUCGUGUCACGGCUUGAAUGCGACGCAGAAAAAGAAGACUCGAGUUUCCAGAGGAGCUUAAAGUUUACCGGUUCCCUGAGGGUCUGAACCGGAUCACUCGGCCCCCCUGACAGAGGAGAACCCAACAGUGGGGAUGGACCGCGGAGCUGAGAGCGAUCUGUUCCUGCUGGCCGACGAGAAGUUCGACUUCGACGUGUCCCUGUCACCGGCCAGCUCCGAUGAAGAUGAAGACGAGGUGUUUGUGGGUCCCGUCAGCCACAAGCAGCGCUUUGCCUCCGUCACCGUGGGGAGCUGGAGUCCUCUGAGCGGCGACCAGCUGGAGGAGGUGUGUCAGGAAGCCCGCCGGCUCGCCGACCAGCUGCAGGGACUGAGCCGGCCGCGCGGCGAGGACGCCACGGCCUCGGACGCCACGGACGCCACGGCUACCGUCUCCCCUGACGGGUUCGUCCGGAGCUCCAAAGCCGAGCUGGCGCUCCGUCAGGCCGCCGGCGCCCCGAGUCCCAUCAAGCGCCAGACCUUCUGUGUGCAGGACAGUCCCAUGAAGCUGCUGCCGCCCGCCGACCAGCGGCGCCUGCUGAGAGGCCCCGUGGCCAACGCCGCAUCCACCCGCCCCGUGGCCAACGCCACAUCCGCCCGCCCCGCCGCCAAGGUCGCAUCCACCACCCUGCACGCCGGCGCAGCCUCGCCCGGCCACCUCGCCGGCGCCGGUCGCAGCAGCUCCAGUCCCGUGGCGGCGGUCAAGCCGCUGGCCCGGACGGGGCUGCGUGGGCGAGCCGCCCUCAGCGGCGCCGUCGUGCUGCCGAGCAAACCGGCCGCCGCUUCCUGUUCCGCCGGCAGGAGCGCGGCAGAGAAACCCCGACUGCAACCGCCGAGCAGAACGUUGGGGAGUUGGAGGCGGAGCCCGUCGCUCAGUGCGGCGGGGUCGUGUGAGGAUCUGCUCUCCGACUCGGCGAGCGUGGCGUCCGACGUCAGCGACUCCUCCCUCAACGGGAAGCGCACGCUGGCUCCGCCCACAAAGCGUGCUCUGCUGAACCCGUCGGGUGUAAAGGCUCCGCCCCUUCAGAGGAGGCGGGUGACUGAGAGGAAGAACUCGUCCUCGUCCUCCUCCUCGCUGUCCAGCUUCAACUCCAGCUUCUCUCUCUCCCCGGCUCCCGGUAAGCUGAGCUCCACUGGUCCCGCCCCCAUCAGCAGGCCACGCCCCUACGCUGCCCCCCCAGAGCCGGCCGCAGCCGUCCGCCGCUGCUCGCUGUCCACGCGGGCCAGGAAGCUGUCGGAGGCGGAGCGCCUCAAGGCCGCCAGUUCCACGCCGCUGAAGAGGGCCGAGGCCACGCCCCUCCAGCUGACGCCCGCCAAGAGGGCCGCCUCCAUCCCCGCCGCCGCCUCGGCCCGGCUGCAGAAGAACAGACCGGAGGCCACGGUGGCACCGACGGUUGGCGGAGGAGGCGGUCGCCAUGGAGACACUGCAGACGCCUCGAGGCCCAAGAGGCUGACGUCUGUGGACAGUCUUCCUCAGACGCCCUCUGCUGGCGGCUGCAGGUCACGGCGGCCCUCGGCCCUGCCCACCCCGGUGAGGCGCAGGAUGUCCUCCAUCCCCGUUGCCACGCCGACCAGGCCGCCGCCGCCCACCUUUGACCCCGCCUCGGCCGGCAGGAGCGAGAAAAGCUGCAGCCCCACCCCUGCAGACACACAAGAGGCGGAGCUUGUGGAUGUCCACCCCUUCUGUCUCGAGGAGGAGGAGCCACCUGCUGCCCUGCCCCCCGCCAGCCCCCCUCCACAGACUGCUGACCAAUCAGGAAGCACAGAUCAGGGCGGAUCAGAGCCCAGCAAGAACCUGAUCGAACUGGAACCCACAGAGGAGGAAAGCAACACACAGGAGGUGCUCCUGUUGGAUCUUCCGGCUCCGGCCCCGCGGCCUCAGGAGAAGCUGCUCAUCGACUUGACCAACACGCCGGACCUGAUGCGGACCGGCGGCAACAAGACCUGCUCCGCCUCUCAGCUGAUCGACUUGAGCUCUCCGCUCAUCAAGUGGAGUCCAGACGAGAAGAGAGAGAACGUCGCUCCGCUCAUCAACCUGUCCUUCUGACCCUGGAGACCUGGACCCUGUCUUCAGAAACCCUUAUUAUCCCGUUAAGUUAAUGACAGAGUUUUAUGUUUUUAAAUGAUGAAAAUAUUCAAAAUGUUCUUUUUAUUUGUCUCCGGCUCGUCUGAAUAAAUGUUAAUGUCUCGACUGUC